GUCAUCAGGCAUCGGGUCAUCUGGCUCGACAGUGGGCACCGGGUCAUCAGGCAUUGGAUCGUCUGGCUCGACAGCGGGCACCGAGUCAUCUGGCAUAAUAGGACCAUCAGGCUGGGUAGACACAUCAAGCUGGGUAGGGUACACUGGGUCAUCGGGCAUCAGGGUAUCAGGCUGAACCACGGAAGGCGGGUUCUCAGACGGCAGGCUGACUGGUUUGGAUACUGGCAGGAUGGUAUUGUUACUGGAGCGCAGGAAGUAUGCGCAGGUUUGUAAG